UUUUCAUGAUCCAUGAAUAUAGAUGAUAGCGACGCAGAGUUCAAAGCUAUGCGCGCACCAAACAACAAUGUGGAUUCUGCAGCAGUUGAGGCGCUAUUCCUGGGACGCAAAGGUGAUGAUAACGCUAGCGGCAUUCUGUUUGGAAUACGGCAACUUUGUGUACCUGGACAGGGCAGUUCUACCUGCAGCAUCGGACGUUGCGGGAACCUCACUGAGACAGCUGAACCAAAUCCAAAUCCGGAAGGAGUCUGCGAACCAGGUGACGGAGUUGGUGAGACACAUAGGCCAAGCAGUGCUCUUUCACAUCAACCACUGGGCUGACUUGUCCGCCGAAGACUUUGAAGAAGAAGAUGUUCCUGCCCUCAAUGACGCCUUAAAAUCCAUCCCUCUCCUUGUUUAUUGGACCAUUGCUUCCAUUGUUGCUUCCACAGCAAACCUCCUCUCACCAUCACCGAGCUAUACUUUGUCAGAGUUUAAGGAGAAGCUUACUAUGGCUGAUGACAGUUUGGCAGGGUAUCUGGAAACAUGCAUGAAGCAGAAAGAGCACCUAGGUGAUUCCCAGGUUCGUAGAAGAAAAAUAAUUGAAAAUCCUAAAGAUAUUGUAGAAGUUUUGAGGGCUUUGAUCAUGGACCCUAAGACUGGUCCGCAACCCCAAAUUCAUGAAGGCCUCGAUCAAGUUAAAAAGGGUGUGGAGAUCUUCAAGGGGAAAUACGUGUUACUCUUCAUUUCGACCUUGGACAGAAUUGAGGAUGAGAUUCGGCUCGUAAAUUCUAUCUACGAUGGGUUGCUGGCAAACAACGACAAGAAAGAGAAGGGGGGUUAUCAUAGAGAUGAGUUUAAGAUUCUGUGGAUCCCAAUAGUGCAUAAGUGGGAAGAAGGGAGUAAGGAACGGUUCAAGAAUCUGAAGAGGAAUUAUAACAUCAAAUGGUAUUCAGUGGAGUACUUGGGUGAGUUGCCAGGCAGAAGGAUAAUAGAAGAUGAUUUUGUUCGUCCUUACGGAUUUGAUAUCCAUGACAGACCUAUUAUUCCAGUUUUGGGUCCUCAUGGGAGGAGGAUAAAUGAAAACGCAUUGGACUUGAUCUUUCAAUGGGGGAUCGAUGCUUUUCCUUUCAGGAAAGAAGAUGGAACUGCUCUUGAUAAAAAAUGGACUUGGCUUUGGGAUGCCAUUAAGAAAGUCAAUCCUACAAUAGAGCCGAAACGGGAAAAAUACGUGUUCAUAUAUGGAGGCAGCGACAACUGGGUCCAAAAAUUCACAAGUGGAGUGAAUAAACUGAAGAAGAAUAAGGACAUAGAAGCAGCAGAUGUGGAAAUAGAUUACCAUAAUCUAGGAAAAAGAAGUCCCAGCAACGAUGUUUUCAGCUUCUGGGUGAGCGUAGAAAGGAAGAGCCAGAAAAACAAGCAGCACAAGGAUCCCCUCAACUGCGAAAUCCAAGAGAUUGCAAGAAACUUGCUGUGCCUCAAGAGAGAUCCACAGGGAUGGGUCAUUCUCACCAAAGGCAGAAACAUCAAGCUCUUUGCUCAUGGCGACCCCAUGUAUCAAACCCUUUCUCAAUUCCAGAAUUGGAAGGAUAAAGUUCCCAUCAAAGAGGGGUUUGACAUUCCAUUGACGGAAUACUAUCAUAAUAAGGAAAACGAGAUAUCUGAACGUCAACAACCUUGCUCCGUGAUCAAUAGCUCAAGUGUCAUUGCAACAAUUACCUGCCCAAAUCCUACUUGCGGCCGUGUCAUGGAGGUUACUUCCGUCAAUUACAAGUGCUGCCACCGUGAUCAUGAUGAUCCCAACUACUGCGGUUACUGAAUUUCAAUUUGCUUUUCCAAGCUUGCUUUAAUUAAUGCUUUUUCCUAGUUAGUUGUUACUAUAUAAUUAAGAAAUUAAAGUAUGCGUGUUUAUGUCAAAUACCAGCAAAUUUAUCUUUGACAAAUAUUAUGUUAAAAAAUGCUAAAGAGUAGCCCCCU